AUGCUAAAGAGAGGCGCCGCUGCUACCAAUUCAACCGCGCCGUUGGGAAAUCGCGCUGCAAGUACGGACAGCUCGAAUCAAAUCGUUUUCUGUUUUAACCCACUUCUUUUUGAGCACUGCGGGUUGCUGUUGAACCCCCCUAGCGGUCUCACAACCGCCUCCAUUAUGAAACUCCGUCCCGAGUGCGGCAACGUCACUUCUAUUUCAUUAGCGAAUUGGAAAGAUAUUGCGGUUAAUGUCCUGGGAUUACCGGAACUAACGGCGUACAGCAUUUUUGAUGUUUUCUUCUCUAUCAGCGGUGGCUGUCUGCAGGGCAGCCCGUCUUAUUACGGGAGUCAUACCGAAGUGAAAACCAUCUCGGAAUAUCGCCAAGAAAACAAUCAGGCACAGUUACUUAAAAUGGGAGGCAGCGUCGACGAGUCGCGGUGGCCGUUGAUCUCAACCUCGAGAAUGGUGAGCCUGCCCGGGUUGAUGUUGUUUUUAUUAACGCAGCUCCUGCUCGAACGGCCGCCUCGUCAACCCCUUGGAGGGAUCUCGCAUGAGGUGGUCUAUAAUCAUGUUCGACAGUACCUUCAGGAUUAUAUCAUAGCCGUGGCGGCCACCCGCUCGAGACGAGUGACGAUUGCUGACGCCCUGGAGCUUAGAUAUCUGUUACGUGAGUUUGUAGAGAACGUUGAGCAGCCUUUUGGAACGAGCUUAGGCUUUUUGUGGCCACGGAGUGAAAAGUCGAUAGAUAUCGCGAUACUUUCGCAGUACAUCCGCCCGCGUCUAACUUAUCCGAGCGCGAUCAAAGUCAGCCCCGAAAGCUCUCAGCUGGAACCUUUCAGCAACAAUAUGACGAUACAGAAUAUUAGUGACCAGGUCUUAUGCCCCAGCACUGUUCCAGACCGGGUUUUGCAAAUGCUCUCGUCCACUUAUGUCAUCAAGGACUGCGUGCAGUGUUCUAUUUACAUUGCCUCAGCACUUCCGGCUACACGUCUUUCAAACCUAACCAACUGCACGGUCGUGCUAGGUCCCGUAAACAGCGUUUUAUGCGUGGAUCACUGUCAAACCUGUAACAUUUCAGCUCUUUGUGGUGCUAUUAUCGUCAGUAAUUGUGUGGAUGUGAACUUCUUUGUGUGUACGAAUACCCCACCCUUGCUGGUAGUAGAGAACAGCAAUGCAAGCUCGCUUCAAAAUGUGCGCUUCGCGCCAUACAACUCACAUUAUGCGACUCUGGAGAGAGAUCUGGCGGCGUCAGGCAUAAACCCCCUUCUAAACUUGUGGAACGUGGGACUGCCAUCGCGGCAGUACCUUUUGCCUCCCGAAAAGUUCACACCUGUUUGUUUUCCAACUGCUACGCAAGUCAGCAUGACAACCAUGACGACUCGUACGAACCCGUGCGCACUACCCGAACCUUACCUCAACGCGUUAACCCAUCGCCUACAAUGUUUUCAAGACGUUUCAAACGACUUGCAGGAGGCAUAUACACAGCUAGAAGAGCAAGGUAGGCAAGACUUGGCAGAGAGUCUGCGAAAUAAAAUUCAUAGUCUGUUUUUAGAAUGGCUUCAGCAAAGCGGACAGAGUAACAAACUUGUCGAGCUCUUCCGUGCGAGUUCAACGUCUUCUAACAAGCAGUAA